AACGCAAAGUCGACACUCUGUUCCUUGGUGUGACUGCAACGGUGCAUAUCGCUCGCGACAGACAGGCUAGCACUUGGCAUUUUUUCUGUUCAAAUUAGUCACAGAAGAGGAGCAGUUAGACAGUGUGCGACGAGCAUCCUUCCCGCAGAUGACGCCCCGCGUCGGUGUGUCCCUGUGGGCGUGGGCGGCCUGCGUAGGGUGGGCCUUGCUGAGUGUGGCGGCCGCGGACCUGCCUCCCCCCGAGAGACAGUACAGCAUCCUGUUCCUCCUGCCGAUGUCCUCCACGAGCCACAGGAACAUCUUCAUGUCGGUCGCCGAGGCCCUGGCAGAGCGGGGCCACAACGUGACGAUGCUGGUCAACCACGCCGUCGAGUCGAGGAACGAGAACAUCACCGUCGUCUUCCACGGGCUGGACGACUUCCGACCCGAGAAGGUCAGCAUGUUCAGAAUCCGAGGCGAUGUCCGAGAAGUCUCAAGGAUCUACUCCGAGAAGCUCGUGGCCGCGAGCAAGAAGCUUUACAAAGUGCCGAAAGUGAGGAAGCUUUACGAAAGAAGGAAGGACUUCGACCUCAUCAUCGUCUUCCACAUGAUGAACGAGGUCGUUUACCCCUUCGUCCUCGUUCCCUCACAUCACGUCACGACGCUCGGGGUGGACUUCGUGCAGAGCGCCACCCUCGGCAACGUCUUGAAUCCAGCCUACGCCAGCAAUUUCAUACUCCACUUCCCGCACCCGCUGAGCUUCAUGCAUCGUUGCCUCAACCUGCUCAUGCACAUCGCCACGGCCUGCUACUGGAAGCGCUGGUCCGUGACCGAUAUUCACAGAGAGAUCUCGGCGCAGUUUCCCGGCUUUCCGUCAAUGCUGGAGAUCGAGCGCAAUCAGAGCCUUACCCUCAUGAACUCGCACUUCAGCCUGGACACGCCCCUGCCGCUGCUUCCCGGCCAGGUGGAAAUUGGGGGCAUGCACUGCAGGCCCGGCAAGCCCCUCCCGCAGGAAUUGGAGUCGUGGAUCUCUGGCGCCGGAGCAGCAGGAGUCGUGUACUUCAGCCUGGGCUCCACCAACCAGGGCACCGUCCUUCCCCGUCAAUACCGCGAUAUCCUUCUUCAGGCGUUCAGGAGGAUCAGCCAGCGAGUCCUUUGGAAGAAUGUAGAGGAGGUAGACGAUGUUCCUGAAAACGUGCUGGUGAUGAAGUGGGUUCCUCAACAGGACGUUCUUGCGCACCCCAACGUGAAGGUGUUCGUCAGCCACGCCGGACUCCUCAGCACGCAGGAGGCCGCCUACCACGCCACGCCCGUGCUCGCCCUGCCCAUCGCGGCGGACCAGCCCAGGAACGCAGACCAGAUCAAGAAAUCCGGAUUCGGCCUGGCGCUCGAGUGGGAGGAGAUCACGGUCGACCUCGUCCUCGAGACACUGCGCGAGCUAAUCGACAACCCGAGGUACCGGCGGAGCGCCGCGGAGGUCUCGCGGGCGAUGCGCGACCAGCUGACCUCGCCGAAGGACCGCGCCGUCUUCUGGACCGAGUAUGUGAUCCGCCACAGAGGCGCCCCGAGGCUGAGGAGCCCCGCGGUGGAACUCUCCUGGGUCGAGUUCCUCAUGCUGGACGUCCUGGCGGCUCUCCUGCUGGUCGUCUGCGUCGCCUUCGUGCUCCUGAGUUGCGUCGCGCGGCUUGUCUGGCGGGCCGUGUGCGCGCGGAGCAAAGACAAGGAGGAUUAGUCCAAGCUGCGAGUGGAGGAGAGCUUCAACGGAGGGCGACGCGGAGGGAAAUGGCAAAGGAGAAAUAACGAAGGAGUUUCAGAUAACAAAGAAUAAAUACUUGAAGAUAUUCUUUGACACAGAUUUUAUGAUCUGAACCAAGGUGUAUAUAGAUACAUAUGAAGACCUUGAUUGGAACGCAGAUGUAAGUAUUUGCCUUCAAAGUUGACAGAACAUCCUCCGUGUACUGUGAGUCCAUGCGAUAUUCCUUUUGGGAUUCGGUUGGUCUUUAUAUUGUUUAAUGUGCAAUGAUUGCAAUUAACUACACUAACACGAUAAUGAUUCCGUUUUAUUUUGUAUUACAUAUAUAACAGAUUUUAUAAUACCCAUUUGAUCAUAUAUUUCAAAUUGUAAGCAAAUGGCUGUUUUCUAUUUUUAUUGGGGUCAGGGCGUAUAAAAAUUCCAAAUCUAGACCAAAUCUGGGGUUAGAUAAGUUUUCCUAACAAAGCAGCGUUCUCACAAGGUCCGCUACAGUAAAACAUCUUUCAAAUUCGUUUGUAUGAUUUUACGAUGAUCACAAUACCAAUAUACAACUUCAUUUGUUUUUCUUUAGGCUUUGAUUUUAUAGCUGAUAGAAUACAGUUCCCGGUGAUAUGAUAACGAAUGAGCUUCGCAAACAUUACAAAGAGCAAAAUAAUUGCAGUGAGCGAAUUGCAUAGAAUACAAAAAAUCGCACAAUAUUUCUCCGUCAAUUAAUUCACCAAUGCCUAUGCCGAUUUCUUCUCCUGUUUUAGGUUUUUGUGGUAGAAUCUGAAAGACGCUGGGAAUAUUGACCUCCUUGACUGUAGUGUUUACUUCACAUACAAUAUUGUAUACAGUGGUUGUACAGAGACACGACUUAGUGACUCAGUCCUGGUGUAAGAAAGGAUCACGCUAAAUGUAUUGAAAGUGAAAAAUAA